AUGGUUCAAAAUCUAAUCAGUAAUAUUCAUACGAAUGGAAGUGUUAAAAAUGAUAAGGAAAAAAAUACUUUAUCCGUAUCAGAAAAUUCUGAACAUAAAACAAAAGGUUCGUCAUGCAAGAGCAUUCGCUUGUAUUUAUCAUUAACUAUUGGUUCACUCGGUAUUAUCUUUGGUGAUAUUGGCACGAGUCCGUUGUACGUUAUUCGCACAAUUUUUGCUGACAAUCUUCAUCCAACACGACAGCAAUGUAUAGGUGCUAUAUCACUAGUUAUAUGGAAUUUAAUUAUCGUUGCAUCAAUAAAAUAUGGUAUUUUUAUACUGAUGGCUGACAAUCGUGGUGAAGGUGGAACAUUUGCUCUAUGCGCUUUACUGACAGGUGAACAUAGUCGAUUACGUGCGCGUGCUAAACAUGUGAUUAGUAUAGUGUCGAUAUUUGCUGCUUCGCUUUUAAUUGGUGAUGGUGCACUGACACCGGCUAUUAGUGUUCUAUCAGCUGUCGAAGGUUUAGCGACCACAUCUCAAGCAUUAACGAAAUUGAUUCUGCCAGUAACAGUUUUUAUAAUUGUAAUUCUUUUUUUCGUGCAAAUGUUUGGUUCAUCCAAAAUUGGUUUAACCUUCGCACCCAUCAUGAUCGUUUGGUUUGUUGUCUUGUUUUCAAUUGGCAUAUGGCGCAUUACAUUUGAUCCCUCGAUACUUCGAGCAUUUAAUCCUUGGGAAGCUGUAAGUUAUUUAAUUCGAGAAAAACAAAAAGGAUUUAUGCAGAUUGGUGGAGUUUUUCUGUCAGUAACUGGUCUUGAAGCAUUUUAUGCUGAUUUGGGUCAUUUUGGUCGAGGACCUGUUCGAACUAGUUGGUUAUGUGUUGUAUUACCUUCUGUAGUGGCGAAUUAUCUUGGUCAAGGAGCAUUGAUUAUGCAUUCUCCUGAAAUGAUCUCUAAUCCAUUCUAUAAUGCUGGUCCAGCAUGUUUUCGAUGGCCACUAAUUAUUCUUGCAACGAUGGCAACUAUCAUCGCUUCUCAAGCGAUUAUUACUGGCGUUUUUUCUUUAAUUAGUCAAGCAGCAUCGCUCGGCUUUUCACCGCCAUUACGUGUUAUACAUACAAGCAAAAAAGUGAUUGGGCAAAUAUAUGUCCCGGCUAUUAAUUGGAUUAUUUUAUUGAUGACAAUAUCUAUCACUCUUUAUUUUCGUAGUAGUGGUCAAUUAGCACAUGCAUAUGGUGUUACGGUAUGUUCAGAUAUGUUAAUAACAUCAAUACUUUAUAUGUGUGUUAUGCGUUAUGUAUGGAAUAAUCAUUGGAUACGUGUUGCACUUUUUGGAACAUUUCUUAUUAUUGAUAUAACUUUUCUUUCGGCUAAUGUAGUUAAAUUUUUUGAAGGUGCUUGGGUAGCUUUAUUAAUUGCAAUAGUUUUCUUUAUUUUUGGUUUUUCUUGGUAUUACGGUCAAACAUUACUUCGUAAAUAUCUUAAUUUUUAUGCUCAAACAACAACUCUUAUUCAAUUACCGGUUCGGCUCGGUCUCUCGGAUUUAAAUGGUAAAUUAACACAAGAGUCAAAACAUGAAGAAUUCAAACGGUCAGGAAGUUUAUUACUCGAUUAUCAAACAGCAAGUAGCGAUGAAGAAGAUGACGAUACAACAAAUGAAAAGGUUAACAUGCCUCCAGAAUCAUUAACAAAUACUGAUACGACCGAUAAUAAUCGUUUUGAAUUCAUUGAUGAUUCUGACGAUGACAACAAUAUAUUUCGUAUUAGUUCAACAGGCAACGUUGCAUUUACAGUGACACCUGGUCUCGGUGUUUUUCUAACAACAUCAUCCAGACAUACACCACAUGUAUUUGAACGUGUAUUAGCACGUAUUCACGCGCUUCCUGAAGUAGCAAUCUUUCUUAAAUUAGAAUAUGCACGAAUACCAAUUGUUGAUCUUACUCAUCGAUUGAAAGUUGAAAAAUAUGGUACAGAUGAACGACACUUUUAUCAUAUUACAGCACGUUAUGGAUAUUCAGAACAUAAAAUUCAUUUAUUUGACAUUUUACAAUUAGCCGCGACUGAAUAUCAUGUUCCAGUGCCGGAUGGUCAUAAGAUCACAUUUUUUAUUCCAGCAAUAACUAUUCGUGUUAUACGUAAAGGAUGGCGUACAUUACCCAGCAAAUUGGUACUAUCUAUAUAUUCAGUAUUGAAAAACGUAUUUCCAUUUGGUCAAAAAAAUCUACAUCUUUCACCUGAUCAUACUGUUAGUGUUGGCAUGGUUGUUCCAUUGUGA